AUUGGUGGUCGUUACCUUUGACAAUGGUUCUCAAGAAAGUAUCAGUCAAUGCGUACUCUCGAGAUCCUACUGAAAACCAGUGGAACCAUCCGCGAUCACGACCUCAAACUUUCCGGGCCUACGUCUCAAAACGGGUCCAUGAUCGCAUGCAAGGGGUGAAGAAAUGCCAGUUUCUGGUCAUUCUCAUCAUUUGCGUGGGUAUUCUCGGAUUUCAAGCCGCUCAAUGUGUGGAGAAGUAUGUGGAUGGAUCCACGGGAACAGCCGAUAAAUAUGUCCAUGUGUCCAAAACCAGCUUCCCCGUGUUGACCAUCUGCCCGACUUAUCCCUAUGAUUUGCCAACCUUGCAGUCUUAUGGAGUGGCCACCAAGACUGAGAUCCAAUUUCGAGCUCAAUGGGUGGCCAAUGAUUCCUCGGUGGAUGCUUUGACCUUCUAUCGAGAUGUCACCUUGAAAUUGGAGGACAUUGUGGUUAGUGUUCUGGUCAAUGCCGAGCUCCAGAUCGAUGGCAGCAACAAUUUCCUCGUGGGUCCCACUGACAAAUUUUGUGGAGAAAGCAUCUUCAACGUCAAAGAGUACUAUUUCAAUGGGGAUUGCUAUGCUUUGAAUUUACCCACAUGUAUGAAAGAGGCCGGAGUGCUGGAAGUGGUCCUCACGUUCAAAAACAAAACCGACAUCUUUAUUCAUCACGAAGGACAGUUCCUGAGUCCGAAUUCUAGGUCUCGAGUCGAUGUCGAUUUGGGACACUUUGUCAAGAUCGCUGUGAACCACGAGGUCGUUCAAUUACUGGGAACCGAUGGAACUUGCGUCAAUGGGCAGAUUGGCUACGACAGUUGCAUUUACAACACUUUGCGUGAUGUGAUGUUGAAAGAGUACGGGUGCACUGUUCCCUGGUUGCCCGAGAAGGACAAGAUUUGCGUGACCGAGUCUGACCGACAAAGUGUGUUCGACUUGUAUCAAAAGAACCGUCGAAACCAGAAGAACAUUUGUCCCAACAGCUGUUUGUUCACGAACAUGUAUUUCGGCCCCCCGGUGACGGGCUCCAACAACAACGACGAGCAAGACAUUGCCAAGGCUGUUUUCUAUUUCCGACGGGAUAUCAAGACCACCACGGAAUACUUCCUUUACUCUAUUUUGUCGAUGGUGGCUGAGAUUGGGGGUUAUGUCGGGCUCUUGCUGGGCGUUUCGCUAUUUAAAUUGGCGGAUAUUAAUAAUGUUUUCAUCGACUGGUAUGCCAAUAAGGCCACGGAGGAGGAAGAGUGGGAGAAGGACCAUCAGACCAAGGUUCAGAGAUUUGCCAGGGCCGAUCAAAAGGCGGCUUCGCUCUAUAUUUGAGGUCCAUGGUCCAUUCAUUUAUUGGCUCUUUUUUGACACAUUGCUGCUUGCCCACAAAUUACGUUCCAGAGGGGUCGAAAGUUAAAAUGACAAUCACCAUAUAAAUAAGCUUCAUUAUGUGCGUUUUGGUUUGUUCGUUCGUGCACUCUUGCGUACGUUCGAAUGCAUUGCAAUUAAAUACGUACACAUGAUAUAGAUCAAGCAAUAACAAUUGUAGAUGACA